AUGGGUAUACCAGAAUCCAAAACUACAAUUGAAGCCUAUUACAAUGAUUAUCAUAAAGCGAACCAAAAGAAACAAUAAAAUUAUUCCUUAUCUGUUGAAGCCGAUUGUUGUUAAGUUUAGAGAAAUGAUUAUAUCAUUUUGACAGAUUGUAGACAUCUAUAUCAUUUGAAUUGCUGGCAAUAAAAAUAAAAAGAAUCAGAAGGAUUUAUUUGCUUUUGCGAAAGCAAAAUCCAAGGAAAACAUUGUUAUAAAGGAAAGAAUGCUUCUUGA